UAAUUCAUUCAUCAAAUCUUUCGAAAAGACCUCCUCAACUACCCUCUCUUAAAGAAACUCUCUCAAUUUCUUUCUCAAGAAUCCCAAAUGGCCCCUAAGGCAGAGAAGAAGCCGGCUGAGAAAAAGCCAGCGGCGGCAGAGAAAGCCCCAGCUGAGAAGAAGCCAAGAGCAGAGAAGAAGAUACCCAAAGAAGGAGCGAUUGACAAGAAGAAGAAGAGGUCAAAGAAGAACGUCGAGACCUACAAGAUCUAUAUCUUUAAGGUCCUGAAACAGGUCCAUCCUGACAUUGGGAUCUCCAGCAAGGCAAUGGGUAUCAUGAACAGUUUUAUCAACGAUAUCUUUGAGAAGCUCGCUCAAGAGUCAUCGAGGCUUGCAAGGUACAACAAGAAGCCUACCAUUACUUCUCGGGAGAUCCAGACAGCUGUCAGACUGGUUUUGCCUGGAGAGCUUGCGAAACAUGCUGUCUCUGAAGGGACCAAGGCUGUUACCAAGUUUACAAGCUCUUAGCGGCUAGGGUUUGUUGGGUUUUUUGUGGGUUCUGUUUAAUUAGUGCUUCUGUCCUAUGUAAAGUCUUUUUAGAUUCUGAUCUGAAUGAAUCUGAUGUAGGUUUUUUCUUUCAUUGAAUGGAAUUAAAGUUUUCGGUCCUGAAA